AUGGACAUACCUCAAGGCCUUCCUAGUGGCUUGCCCAUGCCUCCUUCAUUCCCUCUUCUGGAGGAAGUACGACAGAAGGCACGCAGCUUCUCCGAAAAGCUCUUGAAGGAUUGGCAAACUCUGAAUGCCAUCAUCGAGCGACACAAAGAGGUAAUCCGAAAGCGAUGGAUAAGCAAGAGCAAAGGGAAGAGGGAACAGAUUUUGCUCGAUGCUUGGCCAAACAUGUCGACGAAACACCGCCCUGAUGUCGAAUCCUAUCUCCAAGGGAACCCAGCACGACACUCGAUGACCACGAAGUUCCAGGAAGCUUAUAUGUGGCCGUAUGUCAAUCUGGAAGACCUCACCAAACCUAACUUGCUUUCCGUCUUCCUUAACUCUCGUGGUCGCAAGUAUCCUCAUGAGUUUGUGCAUUCUGACCUCGAACUUGCUGCGCUUGUACUACGCCUCGUUGGAAGCCCUGCCUUCCUUAACGAAUACACCAUGUUGUUUCUUGGGAGAACUACGGCCCAAACAUACGGAGAACUUAUGUCUUGGGAUGAAGAUGAUAAAACGUUCGACAGUAUCACUAAAGGUAUUGGUAUGCAUCCUGGCCAUGGCCUUCAGGCAUUGGAAAUCCAACAACGGAUUUGGGAAUUUCUUCUUCGUCACGUCCUCGCCCUUGUAGCGCUAGAAGCACCCUACCGUAUCCCUACGCAUCUAGAUUUCACUUGGUUAAAGGGCGUUGCUUCUGCUGAGCGAAAUACGAUGGAAGAUCACUUGUGGGCUCUCCGCGAAGAUUCAAACUAUUUCGCCGAUGUCAUGCGAGAUUACGUGGAACACCGUCAAGAGAUGAUCGUUGAUGAAUUUGAUCAAAAACAUCCUUCCCUUAUAGAUUCUGGGCGUCCUGUGUUUUGGAACCGCGUUCUGGGAAACGUCAUAGGCCAUGCGUACUUCGGAUUUGCGACAUUUGACGAGAUCCGUAAGCAAGUCAUCGCUCUCGAGGCUCUUGGGGAGAAGUACAAGGACCAGAUCCGACUGCACCAGGCUUUGCCACCCGAAUACAUGAACGCCUUCCAAAACCCUCGCUUCCUACUCGAAGCUGCGUCCAAAGAUGUCAUUCAACAGCUGCAGAUUGGCGUGCUACCAUCGCCCCCAAUACGACCUUUCUGCUCGAGAAAGCCACAGGAUCCGCAUACGACAAGAAUGCUGGUUUCUUACAAGCCCCCGAGUGCCCACCAUCCCACCAAACGACGACUGAUGGAAAUCGACCAGGAAGUCAAAGCACUUGUUUCGCCCUGGGUCGCGGGCAGAAUCUCUCAGCUGUCGAUGAUCUCUGAGAGUCUUCACCAACUGUACCUCUACCAGCCAGGGCUCUCAGAUGAACUUCACCAAAGCUACAAACAAACCUUCAGCGGUUGGAUCGGAAUACUGAACACUAAGUUCGAGCAGUCUAAUCUCUACCGGCUGGCAGACCCUAGUGAUAGGAAGUUCGCCUACCCAACCAACAAGCGACGUAAUAAGCAGAAUGUGAACACCAUGCGCAAAGCUGAAGCUCAUCUCGAUGAGUUUUGGAACGCCAUCGAUUGCUAUUACAAAACGAAGGGAGUAAGCUCUCAGCACGACAUGAUCGCUCAUCUACUUGCGCAAGAACGUAGUAUUCAGCGAACACCUCGGUGGGUUGACACCGUGAAGAACAAAGAGACCCCAGGGCAAUUAGAAUAUAUCUACCAACCGUUCUCGCCAGUUUAUCGCGAUCGCUCCAAAGAGAUCACUAGUCCUUUCCGUAGGACUCGCGGUGAACCUUUAACCACAGUUGAUAGCCCAGGGCCUGCCGAGCCCCUUCCCCAGGAUGCCGUUGAACAAGAGCCCGUCUUCACAGUUGACAGGCGCGCGUAUAAGGUUUUCAAAGCUCUCUUUCACUCUCCGCUGAGCCUAGAUAUCCCUGGCGAGGUUCUUUGGCGAGACUUCCUGCAUGCGAUGAUAUCAGUAGGCUUCUCAGUUGAGAAGUUGCAUGCCUCUGCUUCGAACUUCAUGCCCCACGGAUUAUAUGUAGAGAGGAGUAUUCAGUUUCACGAGCCUCACCACACGCACAAGAUACCUUUAGUAAAGGCGAGACAAAUUGGAAAGAGGCUUGGUAGGGCGUAUAGGUGGACUAGGAGUAUGUUCAGACUGAGUUGA